CUUACAUACUACAGGGAGCUGCGGGAGGCACGCAUCGACAAUGAAUUCGAAGCUGUACUGGACAGAAUUUUGAAAGAAUGGUUUAAUGUUGGAGCAUCAGUGCGUCUUCUUGCCCUCCACAUAUAUCAUCUGUUUUUCUGUGUCGAUGCAUUGAUGUUUACUCUGUUCAUUUUGAAUGUUACAGUCUCCGGGUUCACCCCAGACACCCUCUUCGGUAUCGAAGGCCUGGCGCGCGGCGCCCUUGCGGUAUCAAUCGUUACCGCCGGUGUUGGCAUCUUUCUCGAUGCCUGGUUUCUACUUCUCUACACCAGUGCUGAUGCACAAAAGUUCAAGAGGCUUGCGACCGACAUCUAUUCUUCGUUCUUUUUUUUCUCCAUUACCUCGCGGAUACCUGGCUUGCUUCUUUUCUUCGCCUGUUGCUCCACAGCACUGCUGCUCUUCGCUGUUGCCUGGGAUUCG